CCGGCGUGUCAGCAACCAAUCACAGCACAGAAGGGCUGCAGUGGCCAAUCGCAGCACAACGAGGGUGUGAUCAGACAGGAAUCGCCGUUGCACCACAUCAGUACUUCGGUUUGGUGUUUUUCUUGGCCAGCAGAUAGGAUGGAUGAAGAACCAGAGAGAGCCAAGCGCUGGGAGGGAGGCUACGAGAGGACAUGGGAGGUCCUGAAGGAAGACGAGUCUGGCUCACUCAAAGCCACAGUUGAAGAGAUCCUGUUCCAGUCCAAAAGGAAAAGGGUGAUAGAGAGCCAUGGACAGGUCAGGCUGGGGAUGAUGCGUCACCUCUUUGUGGUGAUUGACUGCUCGAGAAGUAUGGAGGACCAGGACCUAAAACCAAACCGCCUCACGUCCACAUUAAAGCUGAUGGAAGCUUUCAUUGAUGAGUACUUCGACCAAAACCCCAUCAGCCAGGUCGGUAUUAUAACCACGAAGAAUAAACGAGCCGACAAGCUGACAGACCUAGCAGGAAAUCCAAAGAAGCACAUCGCUGCUCUGAAGAAGGCUGUAGACACGGUGUGUGGAGGAGAGCCGUCACUUUAUAACUCGCUGAACCUCGCCACACAGGCACUCAAGCACAUGCCCGGACACACGAGCAGAGAGAUCCUGAUUGUCCUCAGCAGCCUCACAACAUGCGACCCAUCAAACAUCUACGAGCUCAUCAAGACUCUGAAGUCCCUAAAGGUUCGAGUGUCUGUGAUUGGGCUGUCAGCGGAGGUACGGGUGUGCACGGUGCUGACCAGAGAGACGGGAGGGUCGUACCACGUCAUCCUGGAUGAGAGUCACUUCAGAGAGCUGCUGAUGCUGCAUGUCAAACCUCCUCCUGCCAGCUCCUCGUCUGAGUGCUCUUUGAUACGAAUGGGUUUUCCUCAGCACACCAUUGCCUCCCUCUCUGACCAGGAUGCAAAGCCUUCCUUCAGCAUGUCUCAUCUGGACAGCAGCAGCGGCCCUGGUCUGUCGUUGGGAGGAUACUUCUGUCCGCAGUGUCAUGCCAAGUACACCGAGCUCCCCGUUGAGUGUAAAGUCUGUGGUUUGACACUGGUAUCGGCUCCACAUCUCGCCAGAUCCUUCCACCAUCUGUUCCCCCUCCCAGCAUUUUCAGAGAGUCCAGUGGACGAGCAUCAAGGAGAGAGGUUCUGUCAGGCGUGUCAAGGACAGCUGAAAGAGAAGAGUGUGUUCAUGUGUCCGUCUUGUCAGAGUGUCUUCUGUAUGGAGUGUGAUCUCUUCAUCCAUGAUUCGUUGCACUGCUGUCCCUGCUGUAUUCACAGCCAGAGCGCCCCCUGAGGUAGGGAGGGGAACUGUCAGACAGUGACUGAAAUAAGCUUAGUGGGUGUACAGUACGUCAGCUAACGUACCCCGAGGUAACCCUGGACAUCCGGGACCGGACACAGAGGAUGAACCCUGCAUUCAGGUUUAUAAUCUGCAGAAGACAAACCUCAAAUAUGGAGAAAGACUGUAUCAGAGCUGUUAAAUAACACUUUUACGUAUGUGAGAAAUGCCCCGCAUGCUUUGUUUGAAUGUAAUUUUUACUGCUGCUCUGCUUUUGAUAGAAUGGCAGUUUAAGCUACAAUAAAAACAUCUUUG